GACUGAGCGUUCCAGAGGUGUGGCAGCUGCGCUGGUGUGCGGGAGCUGGCCAUGGCGAUCCCCGCGGCGGCAAUGGGGCCUUCGGCGCUGGGCCAGAGCGGUCCUGGCUCAAUGGCCCCCUGGUGUUCAGUGACCAGCGGCCCGACGCGCUACGUCCUCGGGAUGCAGGAGCUGUUCCGGGGGCACAGCAAGACGCGCGAGUUCCCGGCGCACAGCGCCAAGGUGCACUCGGUGGCCUGGAGCUGCGACGGACGUCGCCUGGCCUCCGGGUCCUUUGACAAGACGGCCAGCGUCUUCUUGCUGGAGAAGGACCGGUUGGUCAAAGAAAACAAUUAUCGGGGACAUGGGGAUAGCGUGGACCAGCUUUGUUGGCAUCCAAGUAAUCCUGACCUCUUUGUUACUGCGUCUGGAGACAAAACCAUUCGCAUCUGGGAUGUGAGGACCACCAAAUGCAUUGCCACUGUGAACACUAAAGGGGAGAACAUUAAUAUCUGCUGGAGUCCCGACGGGCAGACCAUUGCUGUAGGCAACAAGGAUGAUGUGGUGACCUUUAUUGAUGCCAAAACACACCGUUCCAAAGCAGAGGAGCAGUUCAAGUUUGAGGUCAAUGAAAUCUCCUGGAACAAUGACAAUAACAUGUUCUUCCUGACAAAUGGCAACGGAUGUAUCAACAUCCUCAGCUACCCAGAGCUGAAGCCUGUGCAGUCCAUCAAUGCCCAUCCUUCCAACUGCAUCUGUAUCAAGUUUGACCCCACGGGGAAGUACUUUGCCACAGGAAGUGCAGACGCUUUGGUCAGCCUCUGGGAUGUGGACGAGUUAGUGUGUGUUCGGUGCUUUUCCAGGCUGGAUUGGCCUGUGAGGACCCUCAGUUUUAGCCAUGAUGGGAAAAUGCUGGCAUCAGCAUCCGAAGAUCAUUUUAUUGACAUUGCUGAAGUAGAGACAGGAGACAAGCUAUGGGAGGUGCAGUGUGAGUCCCCGACCUUCACCGUGGCUUGGCACCCUAAAAGGCCUCUGCUGGCGUUUGCUUGUGAUGACAAAGACGGCAAAUAUGACAGCAGUCGGGAAGCAGGAACUGUGAAGCUGUUUGGGCUUCCUAAUGAUUCCUGAUAGGAGGACCUGACAUGGGGAGAGGAGGCCCUGGCAGAGGCCUUCCUUUGUGUAAUUAGUUUGCUUUGUUCUCUUGGAGUUGGUGGGCACCUAAAGUAUUUGUAAAUUGGUAUAAAUUAUAAAAGUCUUUUGUCAGGCUGCCCAUUUGAGUUCCCUUCCUAUUCGUUAUGUUAGCAGUUCCCAUUCUUUCCCUCCUGCAUGAGGGCUCUGCAGUGUGAGUGAUGACACUAGUGUACCUUGUCUUCUGGGGACCUGCUGUCUUCCUGCUUUUGGGCGUGUAGUAGACCUUAUUGAGCUUGCUUCUGCUUAAAUAAUACCUAGUUUGGAGGGGUGGGUGAGGAAGGGUGAGAUGGGGAUGAAGAUUUUUUUAUAAUUAAAGAAAUGUAUAUAAUUGUGAGAACUGAGCAUUUAAUAAAACUGACUUUUUUAGUAUGGGA